CACAUGUUUUGUUUGAUUCAAUUUCUUCCGCGAUCAUUCUUAUCAAUAUAACUGUGCACCAGCACCUUCAAAUUUAUUGAAAUGCCUUAAAAGUGAAACAUGCAAAGGAUUUCAUCAUAAAACUUAGAGAAUACUUCAAGAGAAACAGGAAUCUAAUACGAAAAUAUAAAAUAUAAAACAUUCCACAAUUUCAUAUUAUUUAGAAUUUAUUUUAUUUGUCGUUAAAAAUAUGUCAACAGUAUUCUAUUAAAUAAUUAGUUAUAUUACAUGUUUUAAAAAGUUAAUAACAGUGCUAUAAACUAAUUUCUUUAUUGUAACGUGGAACAUGUCUGCCUCUGAAGAAAACCAAUCAAGUUUCUCACAUAAAGUGUUUAAAAAUGAUCCUCUGCUCUUUAAAAGUUAUGUCAACAAAAAGGUUAUCAUCAUUACACAAGACAAGAAUACCCACACAGGAAUAGUGUACACAAUCGAUCCUGUUUCGGAAAGUGUUGUUUUACUCAAUCCUGGGGUUGACGAUAAGAUGCAGAUGAAAAUAAUAAUUGGACAUGCGAUAAAAGAUAUCAUUGAAUCUUCCGAACCAAAUCCAUCACCAAUACCAGAACUAUUUCUUGCACCAUCAGUGAAGUUACCAGCUUCAGUUGUUUCAGCAAAAAAAGAAAAAAUUAAAAAGUUCUUACUUGAGAACAGAUUUCCAGUUUUGGAGGAUAAGGAAAUUUUGCAGAUUGAAGGUGUUCUUUCUAUAGAGCCUCCUUAUGGAUUGGAACAAUGUAUAUGUAAUAAUGAAAUUAUUCUGGCAAGAAUACAGAGUUUGCUCUCUGAUCUGAUGGAAUAGGAUAUUCCCUUAAUUCUGACCCAAUUUUUGAGAAGAGAUAUACCAGCACGGGCACAACCGGGGAGUCAUCGUGUCCGUAUGCUAUAACUCCGAUUUGAUGUAAUCGACGCCUGAAGUACCUAGUAUUUCUAGCGAGUUGCUUAGUACGCC